AUGAAGCGGUUUUGGAGCCCGUUUUGUCGUGGUCUUGUUGGGCCAAAUCUCCAAAUGUAUGGUUUUAGUCAGGUUUUUGACAGCAUUCGGACCGAUGAUAAUGACUUUACGUGUCAGGUAAAUGGUCAAGUGGGUGGUACCAGACUUAUCGAGGACUUCUUUAUUGUGAUUCUCUGUGGCUUUGACUUUGUUGAUGUGAAGGUGGAGUCAUCUUCUAUGACCGAUGCGGUACGCGACCCGUGCAACUUUAAGGGCUUCUACGUGCUUGCGCACAGCCGACCCUUCUUGGGAUGGGCUCCUUUCGUCGUUGCACCCAGCCUGGAAAUAGAACCUCAUGACAAGGGAUCCGUUGUAUCCAGCUUUGACAGGAGCGAGCCGUCAGAGUUGCAAGAAGACUCCAGCGGAAACCAAUUGCUUGUUCAUUCUAGGAAUUCUAAUGCAGAGCAACCAAGGCGGUUGCUGAAGGUCCCAUUCACAUCGCGAAUUGAAGAGCAUGAAGGCGGUUUAUCUCACAUGACUCUUCGUUCUCCUAUUUUUGACGUUAUUAUGGGUGAUCACAACUGCCCUGCCACCUUGAAGCAUUGCCUUCAGAACAAAGAGGCAAUUGAGGCGAUUGUGCGCCUCCGUCGCGCGAAUGUGCGUCCGGAGUUGAUCACCGACAAGACACUACUGGCAAUCACUACCAAGAAGGAAUCCUGGGCCUCUGCGUUGGGAAUUCUUUAG